CUUGACAGUGUGAGUGUGGAGAUCUCAGCUUCUUCUCUCUGACUGUUAGCUGCUGCUGCUGAUCUGCUGGUUGCCAACGCCCGGCGACAUACACAGCUAACGUCAGCUAGCCGAGACAUCCGGAGGGACAUUGCUAACUAACUGUAUCGCCAGCAGGAAUCAGAAAACACAGCGAUGCAGACUAUCAAAUGUGUGGUGGUGGGUGAUGGAGCAGUGGGAAAAACCUGCCUGUUGAUUUCAUACACCACCAACAAAUUCCCCUCUGAAUAUGUCCCAACAGUUUUUGACAACUAUGCAGUAACUGUAAUGAUUGGGGGUGAACCAUACACCCUUGGCUUAUUUGAUACAGCAGGUCAGGAGGACUACGACAGGUUACGACCACUAAGCUACCCACAGACGGAUGUCUUCUUAGUCUGUUUCUCAGUUGUUUCCCCUUCCUCGUUUGAGAAUGUCAAAGAAAAGUGGGUUCCUGAAAUAACUCACCACUGUCCCAAGACCCCGUUCCUGUUGGUCGGCACCCAGAUCGACCUGCGUGAUGACCCCUCCACAGUGGAGAAGCUAGCCAAGAACAAACAGAAGCCAAUCACCCCCGAGACAGCAGAAAAGCUGGCCCGUGACCUUAAGGCAGUCAAAUACGUCGAGUGCUCAGCCCUAACACAGAAAGGAUUAAAGAAUGUGUUUGAUGAGGCAAUACUGGCUGCCCUGGAGCCCCCUGAACCUAAGAAAAGGCGUAAAUGUGUUCUGCUCUAAGGCUCGCCGCAGCCCUCUCCACACCAGUUUCCAAAUGUAGGUUAACAGUACCGAAGAGGUUUGUUGCACAAGCACAUUCCAACGUGAGUUAAAAUAUUGUGAAAUAUUUGCCUUCUGACUGACUUGACCUAAAUACAUACGCAAUGUGUUAAAACAUAAUAUUAAGAUUGAGUAACAUUUGAUGCCGUUUGUGAUGAUUUGAUGCCAUUGAAAUGGUCUUACAAUGAUGUGAACACUUAACGAUAUAUCAACAAAGUUUAGGUGACAUUAUUAAAUAACAUGUCAGUUUGACCACAUUAUGUUUGGAGUGCAGACUAUGAAAUGGUAUUUUAAUAGAACUGUUUUAUUGACAGCCCUGUAAAAAACACAAACAAGCUGAUAAUGUUUGCUUAGCGAGCUGCUCCAAUUAUGUCGAAGUACAUCUGUUUUUUACUUUUCAAGUUUAUCAUUUAUACUAUAUGUUCAACCCUGGUUUUCCCAACAUUUUGUUAAGAAUGAUACAUUUCUCAAAGUGUUCACAAAAAGUUGCUGUAUUUUACUUAUUUUUGACAUAAUUUCAUGUUCAACGUCAACAUAGCCUCCAGCCGGAUCUAAGAAAUAUUUGACGUAAAAUGACAUUUCUAGGCUAUGCUCCGUCGUAGUUCUAGUUUGCCGAAACAUAACCUGAUAAAUUGACACUUGUCAAAGUAAAGAUCUGCAGAAGAAGCUGACAAAGAAAUGUAAGAAAUGUAACAUUUUAAUUGUCAAUUUAAGUAACUACAUGCAAGAAGUUGGAGCACAACAAUUUCCCUGUUUACUUUCUGUGACAGAAGCGAGUUCACAAGAAGGUGAUGAGUGUCCUGAAUGCUUGUCAAAAAGUUGAACUUUGCAGGAGAAUUCCAGCCUAUAACCCCAGGCUAAUUUUGUAAAAUGAACAUACUUGCUGCUGAAGUCAGUAACAUAUUGUGACAGUUCUUACAACAUGCUAUACUUAGUUUGAAACCCUGUGAAGAUUUCUGAGUGACUGAACUAGCACUAUUUGCAUUUGUCUUUUGCUAUAACCACGCCUGGAUGAUGGGCUUGAAUUUGAUUUGUAAAUAUAGUGAGAAUAACUCACUAAUAACUUAUUGACUGAAUACAACGUGUGCAUUACUGAUGCAGAGAUUUAAGAGGAACUGAGAUGACACUGAAAUCCAAAUAACCAGGAAAAUGUUGGGAGAACGAGUUUCUUGGACUCUUUGGUUUUUAUUCAAUUUAACAUCGAAGUUGUACUGUAUCUCGCUUGUGAUAAAGCACCACAAUAAACCAGUAUUAUGAAUAAACCUAACUUACAAUACUA